GAAAUCCCUUCAAUUAAUUAAUUUUGUCCUUCAAUUGUUGAAAACUUGUUAGGAAACCAGUUAAACUUGAUUCAUUUAUGUUAACGUCAAAAUUCAUCGCCAUCGCAGCAUUCAAUCCACAAAUUCAUCCGAGUUUCUCCACUUUCGCAGUUUUAGGUUAGGGCGAAGCAGUUUAUGGCGCCUCCACCGGUUUUGGCUCUAGCUCUGCCGUCGGAAACGGGUCGGGUUCUCAGUAUUCAGUCGCACACUGUUCAGGGCUAUGUCGGCAACAAAUCAGCUGUCUUUCCUCUACAGUUGCUCGGAUAUGAUGUAGAUCCAAUAAAUUCAGUUCAGUUUUCAAACCACACAGGGUAUCCUACUUUUAAGGGUCAGGUCUUGAAUGGAGACCAACUUUGGGAUUUGAUAGAGGGCCUUGGAGCCAAUAAUCUGUUGUUCUACACACAUCUACUUACAGGUUAUAUUGGUUCAGUCUCCUUCUUGAAUACUGUUCUAAGAGUUGUGGAUAAGCUUAGGUCUGUCAACCCUGGACUUACAUAUGUUUGUGAUCCAGUUUUAGGCGAUGAAGGAAAACUGUAUGUCCCUGAGGAAUUGGUAUCUGUAUAUCGAGAAAAGGUUGUCCCUGUUGCUUCCAUGUUGACUCCGAAUCAAUUUGAGGCAGAAUUGUUGACGAAAUCCAGGAUUGUAUCUGAGCAAGAUGGCAGGGAAGCAUGCAACAUUAUUCAUGCUGCUGGGCCAUCAAAGGUUGUCAUAACGAGCAUAAAUGUAGAUGGAAAACUUCUCCUAAUUGGCAGUCAUCAGAAAGAGAAGGGGCAACCACCUGAGCAGUUCCGGAUUCCAAUCCCCAAAAUUCCUGCUUAUUUCACGGGAACAGGAGAUCUCAUGACUGCACUUUUGCUUGGAUGGAGCAAUAAAUACCCUGACAACCUUGGCAAAGCUGCAGAACUUUCUGUAUCAAGCUUGCAGGCAGUUCUGGUUAGGACAGUAGGAGACUAUACAAGAGCUGGGCACGACUGCCAGUCGAGCAGCUUAGAGAUUCGUUUGAUCCAGAGUCAAGAUGAUAUCCGAAACCCUGAAAUCACAUACAGGGCUGAGAUAUACAACUAAGAAGUCGACCAAAUCCAUACAAUCAAACAGCCAUAGCACAUUAGGUUGGAGAAAACAUGAAGAUGAAAUUGCAGGACCUUAGUUUCUCUCAAGAGUUAAAUAAUUGGUUUUAUGUUGAACUGCCAAAUUUCAGUCUUUCCUAUAUCCUAUAUCCUAUAUCCUAUUUUCUAUUUCCUAUUCCAUAAUAUAUAUUGGUGUAAGUAACUUGAAACAUGGGCAGGGUAGCGAGCUCAAUCAAUCAGUACAAGUACUUAAUUUUGGGUACCUAAGCAAUCGAGUGUUGUAUUGUUGUCUUUGAAUUUUAUUUGUUAAAAAUUGAUGAUUUUUCAUA